GACUACAGUACCACCUCAUCAGAUGGUGUUACAAUGACUUGUAUUGCAUCUACUGAUAAAGGUCGGAUUUUCUUGGCUGGACACAACGGUCUCAUAUACGAGCUGCUUUACACUAUUGGCUCACCUUGCCGUCUUGUGUGCUGCACGCCACCUCCGCCUAUGCCAGUGCUUUGCCCUGACGCUAACGAGUGGGACGAAAGAUUGAGUCGUGAUCCUGCUUCUGUUGUCGAUCUUCUCAAGGAACUGCGUAACAACUACUCCUUAUUCAACAAACACUUUAGUGACAGAUCCAGAUUCUGGUUCCGAGAUUUUGAUCCUGUUGUAGAGAUGGUCGUUGAUAAUGAAAGGAAAAUUUUACACGCUCGUACCAAGGAGGCGGCACUCAAGGCCUAUUUUCUAGGGAUGAAGGGUGAAAGCCCUAUUGAGAAGUUGGGGCAAGUAGAUAAUCUGUUAGAUCAUCACAGCCCAGACAAAGCAGCAAGCAGAACUAACAAGCUAUCUAUAGUUAGCAUAUCUCCCCUGUCUUCUAAGCUGGAAUCCAAUGCGCACCUUGUUGCUGUGUUAUCAGAUUGUACUAGGAUUUAUCUCUCCACCUCAUCAUCAAGUCAGUCCUCUCCGAAUUGUUUGAGAGUAGUUACAACUCCUAACUUAACUAUAGACCAGAGAAAGGGUCUCUCGACCAAGGCUGAAAUCGCAUAUUGUCCUACCUUAGGGAAUUGCGAAUUGGAGGUAAGUAACUGUCAUAAAAUGUUUGGAGACUCCACCAUUUUGUCAUGUACAUCUCGAUAUGUACCGAGUCGAUUUAUGAGGAAGCGGGUGAACAUUGAGAGUAUCAGGAGGCAAGAAGCGGGGAUGUGUGAUGCGAUUGAGAAGCGGAAGCUUGCCAUUUCGAAAAAGAUUAUGUAAAACGGGACAAUCCAACCAUCUUAGUUAAGACCCACUUCACAAUUUCCUUGUCUCUUUCUGCAAUCAUCAACUCUUCUAUCUCGCUAACUAUGUUUAUCUGUUAGUGUUGCGACUCGUAACGUUAUUAUGUAUAUACUGCAAUGUAAGAACGCCUUUUUCUAGCAGUUUGACCUUGGCCUUGAGUUCUCUGUAUAGAAACCAAUUAGAAGCAAUGAUAAAGUCACUUGGUAA